AUGAGAAGAGGAGGUUCGGCCGGGACGCUCUUCCACUGUUACAAGAAGAAGAAGAAGGCUGCUCCUGCUGCGUCUCCGGCAGACAGCGCCUUUGGGAGUCUGGCGGUUCCCUGCUCCUCCAUGGCCGGCUUCAGGGAAUUUGUCAUGGCAAACCCAAAACCUCGACUCGAGCAGAUUGGUCAGUUGACCCCGAAUGUGCGCUAUGCUGAGCGAACGGUGUCUCUCUUGCAUGGUGUUCGCCGUUCCUCAAUGCCCCCAAAUACUAAUCUCCUCCCAAGUGUUAAUUCUUCCUCGCCGUUAUUGAUGUCGCGAGUGCAGGAUGCUGUGAAGGAUCAUCUUCCCUGUCGCAUCUGUCACACGGACAUCACCGGCCUCUUCCUCAAGACUAAUAGGAUCAACAGGAGGUGCGGCAAGAUCCUGCGGCAGGUCAUCCGCAACGGCGACAUCAAGAACCACAAAUUCCUGACAAACCAGUCACCAAACAUGCUCAGAGGGGUUCAAGUUAGACAAUCAGGCCACCAACAAUCAGCAAAGGCCAUCCAGAUCACAGUCAUUGCGAUGUGGCAGAUGUGUUGUCGUAUGAUUGGAAGUAAAUCGUGCAUCCGAGAUGCGCUGCCGCACGCCACGGUCCGAGGAGGACUUGGGCCAGUGAUGGAUCCCCAGGGAGCAACAUCCUCAGAGGUCCUAAGCCCCAAAGCGAAGACCAAGAUGCGAUGGCUCCAGUCAUCCACAGACGCUCCUAUCAACCCCUAUGACUGCAUCACAACUGUUCCAAGCACAGAUGAGACAAGCCAAGGGCUUCCCCCCAAACGAGGCUAUCCCCCCUCCUGCCCGCUGCCCACCAGUGCACGACCCUCCACCCCAAAGUCGUCCAGUUGCAUGACAAGCGCCCGGAAUCGCUGCCCCACCCACUGUCGGGAGACUUCCACCUGUGUGCGCCCCAUUUUCAGGCAGAACCCCGCACGAGAAUGUUCAGAUAGCAAGCAAGAGGAUGAGGAGAGUGUGCCAGGGUUCAUUGGCUACACAGGUACUCUCUGCUGCCCAGAGAGCACGGAGAAAACGCCCAAAAGUCCCAGGAAUUCUCACCGACAAUUUCCCAACCCAACAGCAAUGAGCACCAAGGCGGAAAUUCGUUUGAAGCGCAUCUGUCACACGGACAUCACCGGCCUCUUCCUCAAGACUAAUAGGAUCAACAGGAGGUGCGGCAAGAUCCUGCGGCAGGUCAUCCGCAACGGCGACAUCAAGAGGUACCUGAUGCUACGUGCCAAGGGCCUGCGCUGCAAGCCCCUUCCCCUCAAGGUAGCAACUGACCCUCGAAGAACCCCAAAAGUCGGUCCAGUUGGAAGUAAAUCCGAUGCAGUCCAGAGGAUGCUGCUUGCCGCACGCACGGGCACAGAGGAGGACUUGUGGCCAGUGAUAGGAUCCCCAGGGGAGGCAACAUCCUCAGAGGUCCCUAAGCCCCAGAAGCGGAAGGCUGGCAUCCAGCCCCCUCGUGUGCCACCCAAGGAUACCAGAGUUGCCGCGGUCAUGAAUGAGAUUCUGAGAGAGGGUGAGAACCCAAUCCUGCCUCUGGGAAAAUCUCUGUUCACGCAGAAUGAUCGCCUCAGCCAAGGGCAGAGGACCUUUGCUUCUCUGAUUGGUUACAAGCUGGCAAAGAAGCGCACAAAGAACAGGGCUCUUGACUGCCUUGAGGGAAGCCAGUUUCUGAUGGACCCCCGGCUCUUUGGGCUGAAACCGAAGCCACAGCCAAGUAAUUCCUUAGACCAAGAUGCGGAUGGCUCCAAGUCAUCCACAGACGCUCCCUCAUCAACCCCUAUGACUGCAUCACAAACUGGUGUGCCAAGCAAGCAGAUGGCAGCACUAAGCCAGAGGCAGCUGUCCCACCCCAAGAACAUGGCGAGGCCUAGUCCCCCCCCUCUCUUGCCCCCGCCUGGGCCCAACACAAGUGCACCAGCACCCAUGCCCAGACCUGCUGCUCCAGGACCAAGCCGGUCCGUAGCGCCAGUCCUGCAUGGACAGAGCGCCCCAGGAAAUGAGCGAGUCAUGCCCCCACUCCACCCUAGUCGGGCAGGAACAUCAGUCCACCCUGGUGUUGAGGUGAGCAUUGCCCCCAUGGCCCAGGUUCACAACCAACCUCCCUCGGUGAUUCACCAGAGGAGAAUGUACACCCCACCCCUUCCCCCUCCAGCCCACAUGCACAAUGCUGCUCUGCUGCCCCAUUCUUCACUGCAGCAGAACUCCUCAGCAACGAGAAUGUUCAGUUAUGAGCAAGCAAUGAGGAUGAGGGAGAGUGCUGGCCAGGGGGUUCCAGUUGGCUACAACAGGUACUCUCCUGCUGCCCCAGAGAGCAAUGGUUGGAGUGCCACCAGGCCAGGAAGUCAUGGCUCUCAUGCGCCACCACUCAUGUUCAUGGGAGGAGCGGCAAUGAUGAAUUCUGUGCGAGAUGCAAGUAUGGUUGUGAGAGCGCAGAGGGCUGCCCCUCCUCCACUGUCCUUCAUGGGGCCGAGCUCUGAGCCACUUGGGAGACCCCCCUUACAGAUGAAUCCCACUCAGGCAGCUAUCAGGCACAUGCACCAUGCUUCCUGGCCCAUUACCCUUGACUCCAGCCAGCAGGCUUCGGCUGCAAGGAACUACGGAGUCAUUAACCACACUCGGCACAUCAUACCAGAACAGCGGCAAGCAGCUAUGCCACAUAACCUCCACGCACGUGCCCACCCUGAACAACCCCCACCAACUCUACCACCAAGACUCCAGGGUCAUGGCAUAAUUGAACAGCCUCAGCCCAACCUAUCACACAGUAUACAGGGUCUUUUGCUAAGUGAGCCAAGACCUCAAGCCUUGUUAGCAAGAUUGCACGCCCAAGUCCCUUCAGAUCAGCAGGCAGUGAACUUGGUAUCAGGUGCGCAAGGACAGAGUGUAGGAGACCAGCACCCUCCUAGUCUGCCCCAUGCCACAAGAGAGUCUGCUAUGCCCAAGCUUCAUCCUCUGCCCAUGUCGCAUGCUGCUGUAUCAAAUACAUCUGCGAAAGAACCCGUGGACCAGCAGCAUCAGCCCGUGCGGCAUCAACACUGCCAUAGAACUUACAGCCCAGAGGUCCUCGCUGUAGUCGAGGCCUUGCUCCUGCAGCUGAUAGAUGUCGGGCUUCCAUCCACCUCAGGGAGCAUCGUCCACACUGCCACACAGCUUUUGGAGGCACGGGGAGUCACCAAUGUCUUCUGCUGCGAACAGGAGGUGGAUAAAUGGUUUAACAGCUUCCGGGCGAGGCACUCAGACCGCCUGCCCCAGGAAAGCAAGGACAGGGUACAGCUCCUGCCGCUUCCCAUCAAGCAGGAGUCGCAGCAGUGGGUGGAGAAGCUGCAGAGGGACAUGGCCUCAUUCCAGAAGGGGCCUGCCAACCGCAUCUACUACAUGCAGGAGCUCAACUUCUUCCUGGACAAACACACUCGUGAGAUCAAGUUCCACCGGAUGUUCCCAGGGAAGGUACACUGCUCAAAUGAGAAGGACACUGUGUCUGUUCUCUUCACCCUGGGUGCAGAUGGGGAGCGCGGUCCGGGCAUUGUGAUCUUUCCCCGGAUGGUGAUGCCGGAGAAGCUUUUCGCAUCUCUGAAGAACACGGAGGGAGGGAGUGACUGGGUGCUGGGCUCCUCUAUGAAUGGCUGGCUCUACAGCGAUUGCAUUGUAGAGUUUGUCAGUGAUGUGUUCGUUCCGUGGCUCAAGAAGAAACACGCCAACUUCCCUGUGGCUCUCUUCACCAAUGAAUACAUCUCCAAUAUCCGCCUGACCAAGAUGAGCGAGUGCUUGCUGACUCAGGGUGUUCAGCUCAUCCCUGUGCCCCAGAGCAUGUCUCUUCUGCUGAGUCCUGCUGAGUGGAUUGUAGUGGAGUAUUUCCGCAUGCACUGGGGGAAGGCCGUGAGUGACUGGAGUGGCAAGAACGGCCUGAAAGCACUGCUUGAAGAGAACUUUGCACCCUUCAUCAUCAGCUGCAUUGGCACCCAUGCUGCCCCUGCUGAAGUGCGGGCCAAGUUUGAGAAAUUUGGCAUCUUUCCCUUCAAUCCACAGGCAGUCUACAGAUGCUUGCGCUCACAAAAACACGAGUGAUGUUAAAAAAAGUAGAUCAGUAUUUUUACAAAAGUUAUAUCUCAUUAUUGUAUUUCUGUAUCCCAAUAUCGGGUUUGCUGCUGACUGUGUCAGUGGAAAUCUGCUGAGCUUUGUAAAAUGACCUUUGGAGCCAAAGAUUUUGAAGAACACAGUGUCUGGUUGACACAUGGAAGUACUUAGCAAUACGUAAUGAUUACAUGUUGUGCUUUGUAUUAUAGGCUUUAUCAAUAGGUUGGAACAUUGUUCUCGGAAACCUUUGUAACAUGAUAAAUGCUUUUGUACUCGCAUCAUAAAGACAAAUUGUAAGUGUAUUUUUACUUUUGCGUUUGUUAAUACUCUAUAUUUUUGUACAAAAGGGGAGUUCUAAUUUUUGUGUGUUAUGUUUUUGCGGCUGCAAAGUGAUGGUGAGACCAAAAGAGGGAGAUUCGCUCCCUGACUGAGAAUGAGGGAGUGAGAGACACCCCCCUCUUACUCAGCCUCCUGUACUUGUUCAAAGUAUAGAAGAUGUUGAAUCUCACUAAUUGAGAUCCUUGUUUUUUGUUGAAGCUGGCUGUUCUUUACGUAUGAAAAUGUAUACUUCAGUACUUGAUGGUUCACUUCAAAACAGGUAUUGACGAAACUACGAUUUUUGUUUUCUGCACUUUUAGCCAGUUUUCUACCUCAUAUUUGUUCCUAUUUACUGUUUGUUUUGUAUACCUUGCUGGUAUUGGAGGUGAAUGAGAGCCAUAAGAUACAUCGUCUCUGUUUUAAAAGUACAGCAUAUUUGUUCUUAUUCCUUUCUUUGGGCCUUUUGUAUUUGAAGAAAAGAAAAGUGUUCCUUUUUAUAUAUUUAAGUGAAAAGAAAAUAUUGUUCUUUUACAGAAAACAAAUGUAUAACUGAAAACAUUUAUAAAUAUAUAGUGUCACAGAAGCAAAGUUUAUCAAUAUACAAAUGUGGAAUGGUAUGUACUAUGUGUGUAUACAUGUAUGUAAGUGAAAAUUUACUAUAAUUGGAAAAAAUGUAUAGAGACCUUAUUCGUAUGUUAAAAAAAGUAAUGGCAUAAGUCUGGUCCAGUAUGACACAGUUUGUUGGUGCUGUAUAAAAUGGUGAUAGAAUAAAAGUCACAGGUCUGUGAACUUGUUCAUGUAAGCAGGUUUAUGUUUUCAUAUGAGAGAAUAGAAGAAACGUUUAAGUAACAUGAUUUUGUUUUCUGAUAACGCUUUCUUUGGAAAGAUGAAUAAAAAGAUUUAUCUAGCUCACUGUUUUAUUUUGUUAUUAUUGGUAUACGUUGUUUUUAAGUGUUCUUGUCUUUCUUUUUUCUUUCUUUCUUUUUUUAUGUACAGUACAGAAAAUUAAGAUAUUUAUCAAUAUUGAGACUUAAGAUACGGAGUGGUGAAAAGAAAUUUAAAUUGUUCAUAUCACUGCUUAUCUUAUUUUUUCGUUUUUGUUAAAAAAAAAACAAAAAAAAACUACAAUUUCUUGAUAAUCUGUAAUGGUAUGAGAUAUGUAUUUACACACAUUUAAAUGUUUAUUUUUUAUCGUUAUAGACGAAUACUAUCCGAGUCAGAUAGUCGGAUUCAGAAAUGCAACUCAAGUGCAGGAUCUCAAGUGAGAGUGAGAGCGUGUUUGAGCGUUGGUGGUUCUCAUUUUGAUAUCAUAUUCUCUGGUAAUAAAAGCUUAGAUAAACGA